AUGACUGGGCAAAAAGGUGUAAAUGAUGUUCCAUUCUUAUGUCAAUCUUUGCUUUCAUUUUGGUCUUUUGGGCUUGAAAACGAAGCGAGCCUCUUUGUCUUUAAAACUGAUUACAAGUUUAAUGACAAAUCAAACCAAUGUGAAGAUGUUAAUGAAUGUGCUGUGUCCAACAAAAACAAUUGUUCAAUUAUUGCAGGCUGUAACAAUUUAGUUGGUGGAUACAACUGCAUAUGUAAAAAUGGUUUUGAAACAAGGAAUGGUGUAAUAGAAUCCCUCACUGCUCCAUGUUUUGAUAUUAAUGAAUGUGCUGUAUCCAGCAAAAACAAUUGUUCAAUUAAUGCAACAUGUAAUAAUUUGGUUGGUGGAUACAACUGCGUAUGUAAAAAUGGUUUCAACACAAGUGAAAUGGAAUCCCUUGAUAUUAAUGAAUGCGCUGGGUCCAGCAAAAACAACUGUUCAAUUAAUGCAACCUGUAACAAUUUGGUUGGUGGAUACAACUGCGUAUGUAAAAAUGGCUACAGCACAAGUAAUGAUAAAAUGGAAUCCCUCGCUGAUCCAUGUUUUGAACAAGCAUCCAAACUUAAUACUGAUCUCAUUUAUCUGCCAGUUUGGUGCUUGCAGCGGCUAGUGAACUUUAAUCCAAAUAUAGAAAAAUAUUCUUGUGCCUGCUUACAAGACUUUUGCAAAAAACACUACAAAGAAAGUUUUUGCUCACUUGUGUCUCUAUCAUGUUUAAUUACAACCACUUACACAAACACAGCAAGCUCUAUAUAUCCUACAAAUAAGGUUACAUCAACAAUAGCAGAAACAAUAGAAGCUUCAACCACGAUUGAAUCUGAAACAACAAUAAACGAGGCCAAAACUACCUUAAUUGAUACAAUGACAUCAACAGCUGAAAAAACAGCAACAACAACUGAAGCUACAAUGUUAACGUUUGAGAUAACAACAGAAAAUGAGGUUUCAAUUUCAACAAAUAAAACUUCAAUAGCUGAGAUAACAACAACAACCAAUCCUCUAAGCACCAUAGCUAAAGCUACUACAACUUCUUUUAUUGAGGUAACACUAACAGAUAUUCCAACCACCACAACUAAAGCAAUGACAACGUUAGAUGAGACAAUAACAACAGAAGUUCUAGGCACCAAAACUAAUACAACAACAGCCUUUGAGACAUUAGCUAAAACUGAUUCUUCAACCACUACAAAUGAAGCUUCAACAACGGCAGCUGAGACAGAAACAUUAACCGAGGCUCAAACUAACUUAAUCAAUGCUAUAACAUCAGCAGCUGUAACAACAAAUGGUGCCUCAACUUUUACAAUUAUAGAUAAAAUGUCAACAGCUCAAAUAACAACAAUAACUAAAGCUUCAAUUUCAAUAACUGAGGCUGUUUCGUCAUCAGCUGAGAUAGUUACAACAACCGAUGCUCUAAGCAGCAUUGCUGAAGCUAAUACAACAACAUCAGAAAAUAAAGCUAUAAUUUUUAGUGAGGUAAUAAUAUCAGAAGCGUCAAACAUCGCAACUGAAGCUUCAGCAGAAACUUCCAAAACAUCAACUACAACUGAAUCUCUAACCAAUACAAUUGAUGCUUCAGUAGUAACAGCUGAGAUGGCAACUACAGAAACUGAAGUUACUACAGAAACAUUUGUGACAAAAAAAACGGAGACCCAAACUAACGGCAAUAACUGAAGCUUCAAUUUUGGAAACUAAAGUUAGCGUUAGCUUUAACCACAACUGAAAGUUUAACACUUUAAACACUUACUUCAUUACGAAAACUAUUUUGUGAUAGAAAUAUGCAAUCGAAAUAUAUAACGAUUCAAUCAUGAUUUUGUAACUUUGGAUUAGAUUUAGCUUUACUUACAAUAGCUUUAACUUGA